CAGGAAUUGGAUCCUAUCAAAGGGCGGACGGUGUAACCCGAGCGAUUGCGCAUACUGGCAUUAUCGACCAAUCGAAUUUAAAGAGCACCGGGGACGACAUGCAAACCUCGUGAUCCAAAUGAUACGCCAGUGAUCGUCGGAUAAGGGAAGCACAAGAUGGCGAAAGACACCGGCCCCUAUCACUACGACUCAUAUCCGAUCGUCAGCAAACAAAACAACGUAAUCAUAUCAGGCACGCUGAAACGCGACAAAAAAACGAGCAAAGCCGACGAGGUGACCACGUGCAAAUGUUUCGGCGCGAAAAAGUCGAAACGCAAAGCGUUCGUGACGGGUCUGGUUACCAAUCUGGGCAUCUGCAUUCUGCUGUUCGGUUACACGCUGAUCGGCUCGAUUGUGUUUCUAACGAUCGAGGGAGGGGAGAACCUGCAGCAGCAGACCUUAGCGACCACCUCCAACGUGAACAAGCAUCGGAGGAUUUUUAAUAACAGUUCGGAAAUUAAGGCGAGAACGGACGAGGCGCGCGCGCGAACCGUGGAGACGAUCUGGGACAUAACCGUAAACCUUAAUAUUCUAUACAGAGACAAUUGGACAAAGUUAGCAUCUCAGGAAAUAACAAAGUUUCAAAAAGAAAUAAUAAAAUCACUCGAAGAGGAAUUGUCCCAGAGCUACGUGAUUCCCGAAAGGAAGGCGACUAUUAAGUAUCCGCAGGAGUUCCAGUGGACGUUUGCCAAGGCGUUCCUGUAUUCCCUCACCGUUCUGACAACAAUAGGUUACGGCAGCAUAGCGCCGCGUACCAGCCUGGGGAAGGCCGUGACAAUCGGAUACGCGAUUCUGGGCAUACCGCUCACCCUCCUGUACCUAUCGAGUAUCGGCUCGAUUCUGAGUCGAAUAGCGAGAGGAGUCUUCUCGAGGGCGCUAUGUUGCUGCCUGUGUUCGAACUGCGGCUACUGCUGCUACGACGAGAAGCGCAUGGCGGAAAAGGAGAGAAAGAUGAAGAAGAAGCGCCAGCACAAAGAGCUGCAGCAGCAGCUGGCGCUUCAGGAGCCGUUUUACGUGCGAGCCAAUCCGAGCAUUACGAUUAAUUCGACUCAUAAUAACCUGCACUCACCCGCGAAGGAGCCGGACGCGACCAGCGAGUUGGACAGCGAGUCCAGAACGUCCAUGCACGGCCUGAGCAUCUUGGCGCCGGUCCUUCUUUGCCUAAUCAUCAUGUUCAUUUACAUCUGCCUGGGCACCUUCGCCCUGUACAACCUGCAGAACUGGAACCUCGUCGACGGCUUCUACUUCUGCUUCAUGAGCUUGACGACGAUCGGCUUCGGCGACAUGGUACCGGGCUUCGAGAUCUACAGCCAGAACUACUCCGAGCUGACAAUAUGGUUCUGCUCGCUGUACAUCAUGUCCGGUAUGGCGCUGACGGCGAUGUGCUUCAGCGUCGUACACGACGAGAUCAUCCACAGGUUGCGACACCAGGAUAGGAACUUUCGCAAUUUAAAUUCCGACAGCUAUCCGGACGAUUUUAACUCGGUCGACCCCUACAACCUGCCGUCAUGACAAUUCAACGCGCAGAAUAAGACAUCGAAUAAUUUAUAUCAGAGAAAUAUGACUGAAGAAACCCUGUUGAGUUCGGGUGGUACGCCUACCUCGAUUAUAGAUAUGGGACAUGAACUCAAUCCAAUUGCAACCAAAAUUCCCGACUCGCUCGAGCCGUUGCCUAUUACCGGCGUGUACACGCUGCCGGAGGAGCCGGAGGUUGAGUCUACUUUAGAGGACACUAACUAAAUUCUACAAUUAUUUUUUAAGAUAUGAAAGCAAGAAAACUGCCCUGCAGCAUCUUCGCCCGUACGAAAACUGCAGACGUUCUUCCAAAACCUCGUACUGGUUGUGUGAACAUUUAAUCCACUUAGACGUAGACGGUAGCCACUAAUUUUGUAAAUCGCCCACAAUUUUAAUCCAACGCGCAGAGAUCACUUACAAAAUCGUAUACAGGGCGAUUCUUUUCGCACGCCUCAUUAAACGGUCACGAACAGGUGGAUCGAAACCCGCGCCCGUUUUAAAUUUCGCCCUUAUCAGUAAUGCUCGAAAUCUGUCACGCGUAAUUUGGCCCGGAUCCCCGGUUUUAUUAUGGUCUAUUCCCGACACGUUGAGGUUUUACGAACGGGAGCGUACAAGCGAGAGGACAGGGAGAAGGGAACAUAAAAUUUUACUUAGCAUGAGUUAUUGUCUUAUUUUACACGAUAAAUGUGAAUGCGGUGUUUUCUAAACGCGUCGCGGUAAAUCAAAAUUUGGAGUGGGCAAUAAAGGCGCGCUUACGAAACGGCCGUUUUACGCGAAAGUGAGCUUCAAUGCUAUCGCGUUGUCCUAAAGGAGCAUAUGGACCGUAGUUUAAGCUUAAGGUGGACGUUAAUGGCACUUACCGUAUCGUAAUUUGCGUUUAUUGUUGCAGUUUUCCAGAUAUGUUGCCGAUAAUAUCAGAAGGGCAGUCUACUGAUGGAAUUGCUACGUCAAGACUAAAUAACUCAAAUAAAUUGUUCUGUACGUUGCAUGAAUUCAUAAUGGUAGAUGACUGCUAGUACCGAUAAUUAAAACAGAAAAAAAAUUGAAAAAUUUUCAUUUUCUAAAAAUUCAAAAAUUCGAGGGGAGAAAAUCAAGAAACUUCAAGAAAGAAGUAAACAAGUGCGAAUUUAAAAGCCAUCAUGAUCAUUUUCGUAAUGCCUACAGCAUAUUUAAUAAUCCGUUACAUCGUGCCAUGAAUCCGGCAACUGACAAAGAUAAUUGACAGUUAACCUCCACCCGUAAAGCGGUUUAUAUGCAGUAAUCAUCAUAACUUCUGGUUUAUUUACGAACGUUUCACAACUGUCAUUUACAAACGAGGUCGGAAUUAAAAAAAACACCUAAUAUCAGGCGAAAGAGAGAAAAACCAGCGUUUAACGAGUGAAAAUUGUAAACGAACGAUGUUAAGGAAAUCUCAAAUGAGUAUUUAUAGCGCGGAUUUGUUAUACGUCCCAAGGGCUCCAAUUGGGGGACAAAUUAUUGCGCAGAGAGAACCGGCGAAAUUUAGGCAUCCAUCAUGGCCGAUAAAAGUUACCGUCUUCGGGUUUUCCUACGAAAUUAAUUUUUAUCCCCCCCUAAUUUACUUGCAACGUGGAAAUUUACACGCGUGGGAUUAGUCCGGCCGCCGACACAAAUCAAAGAUGGAGACCGGGGGGUUUUCACGAGGUAAGUUAUUUAAAAAAAAGGCACAAAGGAGUUGACUAAUGUUUUAUUCAUUAAAUUUCUCUACGAGCAACCACUUAAAAGUACGUCUUACGGCUUACAAUGAAAAGUAGGAGAACUCCCAAACCCAAUUUGCAUGACCUUGCAAACUUAUCGAGUUUUAAUUACUAUUGAAUUACGUAAACUUGUGGACAAGCCGGGGACGCUAAAUUAAAUCGAAUAGUUUGAAUUGUAUCUGCAGUGCUUAACGAAUGAAGUGACACACUCGACGGAUUUAGGGUUUUUCUCAUACCGCAACUGCAAACGAAUCCGUAAUCCAAGUUUUGAAUAUUUAGACUUUACUAAUCUCUACGGAAAAGAAUUGGAGACCUACCACGAUGGUACUAAUCUCUACGGUAACAUUUGACGAACACGUUUUAUGAGCUCGCCAAACCAAAUCCGUAGAUGUAAAUGGUGUAUGAUGUCGGAUCUAGCACCCCUCCCCCAAAUUUCAACGUCCCCAACUCCACAUACCUGUUUCUGUUUGUUUCGUGCACGAAGAAAAGUACAGAAAUAUCAGAACGAAAAAAGACGUGUUCAGACGAGAACAAGAAGAAGAAACUAAGGUUUAAAGAAAGGAAAUGGGUAAGAAUGACAAAAAUAAGACGAGGAUAUGAGAAAAAAAUGAGGGGAUGAAAAUGAACCCAAUAGAAGACAUGAAAAUGAACCCAAUAGAAGACAUGAAAAGGGGCGGAAAUUAAGAGGAAAACUGUAAGCGGAAGGUUUUAAGGGUUUUUUAAAUCUGUAAAAAUAGAAAGAAAGGGGUUGCAAAGCGGAACGGUGGGACAGAAGAGGCUAAAAAGAGGAAAGAGUGAUUGCUUAGAACUUCUGAAGUCUUUUGGAAUUUUGAUGGCGAUCGGUGAAAUGUGAAAUUGGGAACAAAGUCGCAAGAACACAAGAAGAAGACCAGAAGAGAAUGAUAAAACGAUCGGAAGAAGACGAGGAGAACAGAAGAACUAGAUGGGAAGAAAGUGGGCGAGAGAAGGGAAGACCAAAAAAUAUGAGUUAGCAAUACGAGAAGAAAGGAUAAAAAGGGCACGUUAAACAAAAAGAAGACUGAAAGAAAACGAAAAGCAGACGACGAAGAAACAAGAGUGGGAAUACAAGAAGAAAAGAAAUUAAUAAUUGUGGUAAGGGAAAACGAUAGGCACAAGGCCCGUAGAUGAAAUGAGGAAGACGAGUAGAUGGAAAGAAGGUGGGAGACGAAAAGAAAACGCAAAGAAGACGAGAAAAUAUGAGAUGACUUCUAGAAGAUUCUUUCUUCUUUCUAAAAAUCAUGGCGUUUAUGACCAAACCUGAUAGUACACCUUAGCCUCCAGUAUCCCUAACACCAUGGUUUUUUGAGGAGUCGAGGAAAGAGUCUACAGGGGGAAAAGUUUUGAACCAUA